AUGGGCGCCAAGACAGGGCGAAACCCACCCGCACAAUGCACGGAGGCAGGCCCCCACCCUCAGCCAGCGGGGCAGCCAGCAGAAUCAGCAACCCCCUAUGUUCCACAAUGUGCCCUGGCUGCACCGGAGACGGAAGCUGCUGGGAACAUGGCUGGUGAUUUAAUUUUGCUCGCUGCAGUAUCCCUUCUUUCAGCCUGCCAGCAAAGUUGUUUUGCAUGGCUGGUAGGAAAAUCGAGAAAGCAGCACAAGAUCAUGCCCCCAGAAGUCAUCGGAACCCCAGAAUUUGACAGAAUAUUCCGUGCACAACAAAACUGUGUUGAGUUUUAUCCAAUCUUCCUGGUUGCUCUCUGGAUUGCAGGCUGUUUUUUCAAUCAAGUAUUGGCAGCCCUACUGGGUCUGGUGUACAUGUACACCCGUCACAAAUACUUCCAUGGAUAUGCAGAGUCUGCAAAAGGAAGGAUAACAGGUUUUUAUUGGAGUGUGGUGGUUCUGCUCUCACUGAUGGCCCUGGCUGCAGCUGGGAUUACUAAUAGCUUUCUGGAAGAAUACUUGGACAUCAGCAUAGGAAAGAAAUUACAUAAAUUGCUCUGA